CUCCGCGAAAGUUAUUUACUGGAAUGCUGCGUAGCUUCCUGGAAAAUACUUCUGUAUUUAUUAUUGUAACCUACCAUACACGCCGGAUUACAGUACUAUGCGUUUAAAAAGACUUUACUGUAAUGUUUGUUAUUAACCACUAAACAGAAACUGUAAACAGCAGAAUUAUGGCCAAACAUGCGGUGCUGUCAUCUGGAUCAAAAAUGUGGAGGUCUAUGUCUUGUUCAAAGUCCGAAUUGCGUCUCGAUCUCACUCUUGCGUGUGGACAAUCCUUCCGCUGGAGGGAAACAUCAGAAGGACACUGGACCGGUGUGAUGGGAGGGCGUGUUUGGACUCUGACCCAAACAGAUGAGACUCUUUGGUACCACGUGUACAACAACCAGGACAAGCAGAAGGAGGGAAGUGACAGGAAGAGAAGAGUUGGUGUUUCUGUCUUGGACAAAAAUACAGCAGAGAAGAGAUUCAAAUGUGCUCCAGAGAAGGAAGAAGAUGAGCCUUUGGCUGUUUCUUCAGUACAGAAUAGAGUGCUGGACGAAGAGAUGCUGAGAGAUUACUUCCAGCUGGAUGUGAGGAUGGGGGACCUGCACAAGGAGUGGGGAGCAGCAGAUUGUCACUUCAAACACAUUGCAGAGGUCUUCAAAGGUGUGCGAAUGCUGCGCCAGGACCCCACUGAAUGCCUGUUUUCCUUUAUUUGCACUUCCAACAACCACAUCUCUCGGAUUCAGGGCAUGGUGGACAGACUGUGUCAGGCUCUGGGCUCACCCCUGUGCCAGCUUGAUCAGACCUCAUACCACGACUUUCCUUCCCUGUCUGCGCUUGCAGACAGCAGCAUAGAGGCACGUCUUAGGGAUCUUGGUUUUGGAUACAGGGCUCGGUUUAUCCAACAGAGUGCGAAGCUGAUUCUGGACAACCAUGGGCCCCAGUGGCUUGAAGGUUUACGCAGCAUCCCAUAUCUAGAGGCCCGUGAUGCUCUUCGUACUCUUCCUGGCGUUGGUACAAAGGUGGCAGACUGUGUAUGUCUGAUGUCCCUGGAUAAGCCAGAGGCUGUACCUGUUGACACACACGUGUGGCAGAUUGCUAAGCGUGACUAUAAAUACGCUGCCAACAAUGGACAGAAGAGUAUCACAGAGAAACUAAACAGAGAUAUUGGAGAUUUUUUUCGAAAGCUGUGGGGACCCUACGCUGGCUGGGCGCAGUCUGUUUUGUUUUGUUCAGACCUCAAGAAGUUCCAAAGCCUCAAAGAGACGGCACAUCUAAAGCAACCAGUGAAAGAUGAAGAGGGUGAAGAGGAAAAAAUGCCAUGCAAAAAGACGAAAGUAAAAACUGAAUGUACAGGAACCGUGGGGAACUUGAAAGCCAAGCCAGCAUGUCACAAGAAAGCAAAGAUUUCUGUUAAGAAAGAGCCGGUAAUGUGAGGUAAACAGGAGUCUUACACUGAGAUUCAUAUCAGGCUACAAAACCACACAUUUGCACACACUGUGCUUGUUCAGCAUCAUGAAAUGAAAUGUGGAGAUGAUUUAUCUUUCAGAAACAUGACAGAAAAUGGAUCAGUUUCUCUUUCUCAGGGUUUUUAUAUAAUUGUGUUGUAGCAUCACUUCACUGUAACAAACAGAGCACACUAAUGAUUUUUUUACAA